CUGAAAGCAUCCUUUGCCCUCUGCGAAAUUUCCUUUCUACUUUAGAUUUCCGGGUCCGGUUCCUAUUCUAAUCUGCGAUUAUGGCACGUACCAAGCAAACCGCUCGCAAAUCCACAGGUGGAAAGGCUCCGAGGAAGCAACUAGCAACCAAGGCGGCUCGGAAGUCUGCUCCGGCUACUGGAGGUGUGAAGAAGCCCCAUCGUUUCAGACCAGGGACGGUGGCUCUUCGUGAGAUCAGGAAGUACCAGAAGAGUACCGAGCUUUUGAUUAGGAAACUUCCUUUCCAGCGUCUGGUUCGUGAGAUUGCUCAGGAUUUCAAGACUGAUCUUCGAUUCCAGAGCUCUGCUGUAGCUGCUCUUCAGGAAGCCGCAGAAGCUUAUUUGGUUGGUCUCUUCGAGGACACUAACUUGUGCGCAAUUCAUGCUAAGAGGGUCACAAUUAUGCCUAAGGACAUCCAACUCGCCAGGCGUAUCAGGGGCGAGCGUGCUUAAGCUUGUAGUCUGGCAUGUAUAGCUGUGCAAUUAGGUCUCCUUAUCCUAUCGGUUGUAGGUUUCCACAUCUGGAUGUUUGUAAGCACUGAUAUAUUCUCUUAAUGGAGUUAUGGAUUUUCUUCUGCAAAACACA